ACCUUAAAAAGGGCAUGCCCAGCAUCCAGUGAAAUUCAAGUUCUAUCACAAAAACACAUUCAACUUAGAUAUUCUCAAGAAACUAGCCAGCAGCUUAAUUGCAUACCACCUUCUAAUCUACUGUGGAUUGGAUUUCCAUAAAUUAGAAAUAUGAUGAAACCAGCAAUUUUUAUGGUGUUUUUUGCAUUGUUUUUGAUGGGGAAAGGAGCAGAUUCAAUGAGGUAUGAACUUAAUAACGAGAUUGAUGUUCCAUUAUCAGCCAGUUCUAUUUGGGGUGUUUACGCUUGUAAAGAACUCCCUAAGCUCAUCGUCAAAUUACUCCCCCAUGUUUUCGACCGGAUCGAUUACAUAAGCGGAGACGGUGGUGUCGGCACCGUCAUUCGCAUUAUUUUUCCUCCUGGGGAAGUGCCACGGUCAUACAAAGAGACGUUCAGGAAAAUAGAUCAUGCUCAACGUUUGAAGGAGGUGCAACAAAUUUCAGGAGGGUACUUAGCCAUGGGCGUGACAUCUUACGUUGAUAAGUUCAAAAUCAUAAGCACUGGUCCUAAUUCAUGUACCAUCAGAUCCACAACGGAGUAUGAAGUCCCAGAUCAUCUUGCUGAUAAAGUCAAGAGCCUAAUCAGUAUUGAGGGUCUUGUUCCGAUGGCUAAAGCCAUUGUUGAGUAUGUUAAGGAAUUCGGUGAUUAUGGUCAAUGCCUGGGAACAAGUGCUAAUGCCGAUUUAGCUCAUAUAGCGUUGCCUGUUUAAUGUUGAAGGCAAUUAGCGAUUCACCACAUUAUCUUGUAUGCCUUUCUGCUCCAGCUGUUUGUAUUUGCUUUUAUGCUUUCUUGUUUCCAGGAGUACUAUGUGCUUGUAUGUUCCUCCCCGUCGGGAGGCUGAGGGCUCGAACCCUCCUUUAGUGACUACUUUUUCAGAUUUUUCAUUAAAAUCUGAUCUUGUAUUUAUUAAUAUUAUUAUCAUUAAAUCGUCAAGGUUUCGUAUUCAAA